AAUUUUCCUCUUCCUUUUACAAAACCAUGAUGACAUCUUAUUUUUCAUGUUGGUAAUUCAACCCUCUCUUGUAGGCCCAGAAAAAUACAACAAAUAGUUUUCAACAAUCAUGAUGGAGACAUGAACAUCAACAACAACAACAACAACAACAACAACAACAACAACAACAACAACAUAGUUUUAUGAAAGUUUAGUUUUUUUCAUCUGGGAAUUGUUCAUCAGCCACAAAUUUCAAGGUGUAUGUUUCUAUCUCUCUUCCCUUUUUCUUAAAUUUCUCAAAAACAUAACAUUACUUCUCAAAAACAGCAUGAACUUUGUUUGAGUUUUUGUGGAAUCCGAUGAUCUUUUUUGUUUGUACUAGAUUGAUGUUUUGAUAAUUUGUUAAUUAAUCUCUUCAAAUUCUUUCAUUCUUUCUUGCAUAUAAUAACUACACAUUCUUUUGUUAACAGAUUCAUUCAAUAUUUUCAAUUCAUAUAGGAACACUUUGUUUGAAUUUGUAAAGAUUAAAAUUUGAUUGGAUUUUCUUUGGAUUUUUAUACAUUCAUCGGAUUCCUUUUUGUUUUUGUUAAUCAGAAAUUGAAAUUGAAAGGAUUUUUUCACACACACACACAUAGAUUAUUGUUACAUUGCAUUUUUCUCUUCUCUUUUGUAACAUACACAUGCAAAUUGAGUUUUAGGGGAAAAACCAAAAAAUUCUUCAAGUUAUUAUUAUUAUUACUAAAUUGAGAGAAAAGGGAAGAGAGAAAAAAAGAAGCAGAAGCAUUGGAGUGAGUGAGUGUGAAAAUACAAAGGUUACAAAAACCAUAGACGAUGUUGGCUGGUUGUUCUAGCUCGACAUUGUUGUCACCAACACACAGAUUAAGGAGUGAAGCAUCAGCACAGUUUCAAGCUUGUCAUUUUCAGCUACCAUCAAUGAGCACACAGAGAUUGGAUUUACCUUGUAGCUUUCCGAGGAAAGACGGUUCUUCGCGUUCGCAGCAGACAUUGAGGCCGGUCGGGGUAUCAGUUGAGAAGUCUGAAGUCAAGAACAGCAAUAACAGCAGCAGUAAUUGUUCUCUGCAACAGAACAUUCGGUUACCGCCUUUAGCGACGACUGCACAUACAUUGGCAGAGGUUAAGGAUGAGGAGUUUUGGGAGAAAGGUGGGAGGAGUUUGAAGAGGCUUGCAGAACAUGGAUCUUUGGAUGAGUCUUUUACUAAUAGGGUUAAGAGGAAAAAGGGUAAUAGUGGUGAUGAGAAUUUUGAUGAAUUUGAAAGGGAAAGUUUCAGUUUGGCACAAUUUGGUGCUGGAAACUUUUGGUCUGUUCAUGGUUUUGGAGGGUUUAAUAGCCCUUCACUUCCUUUCUCUUUGAAUUGUUCCGGAGAUGAGGAAAGGGUUUGUUUUGCUCCUGCUGAAGUGGUUUCUGCACCUUUGCCUUUGUCCAACAAUCCUUGGCUUGAAUCUGCUGUAACAAAGAUCACCAAUUUUGGUGAAGGUAGCCACCAGCAUCAACAUCAUCAUGUCAACGAAGGUUCGGUUUCAAAUGGUUCAUCAGAAAGCCAGAGUUUGAGUCUGAGGUUGAAUGAGAAUGCAUCAGAACAUGAAGAUGGUAAUGGUUCAGGGAAUCCUUAUCAGCAUGAAGGAACUGAAGUGGAGACAGGAGAAGAGGAUGAAGAAGAGGAGCAUCGCGGGUUUGAGCUUUUGAGCUUGCUUACUGGUUGUGUUGAUGCUAUUGGAUCAAGGAAUGUUGCUGCAAUCAACCAUUUCAUUGCAAAAUUGGGUGAUCUUGCUUCUCCAAGAGGAACCUGCAUAAGCCGAAUUUGUGCUUAUUAUACCGAAGCCUUAGCCAUCAGAGUCACCAGGCUUUGGCCUCAUGUUUUUCAAAUCACAGCUACUACUCGUGAUUUCGAUAGGGUGGUUGAUGAUGAUGAAAUGAUCACUGCAUUGAGGCUUCUUAACCAGGUUACCCCAAUUCCAAAGUUUCUUCAUUUCACAUCAAAUGAGAUGCUGUUGAGGGCUUUUGAAGGGAAAGAAAGGGUUCACAUUAUAGACUUUGACAUAAAGCAAGGACUUCAAUGGCCUAGCUUGUUCCAAAGUUUAGCUUCAAGGACUAAUCCUCCAAGCCAUGUUCGAAUCACCGGCGUGGGGGAAUCGAAGCAAGAGUUGAAUGAAACCGGAGACAGACUAGCAGGGUUUGCUGAGGCUUUGAACCUUCCCUUUGAGUUCCAUCCUGUGGUGGACAGACUUGAAGAUGUGAGGCUUUGGAUGCUUCAUGUGAAGGAACAUGAAACUGUGGCUGUGAACUGUGUUAUGCAGCUUCAUAAGAUCCUUUAUGAUGGUAGUGGAGGAGCAUUGAGGGACUUUUUGGGUCUCAUUCGCAGCACAAAUCCUACAAUGGUGGUUAUGGCAGAGCAAGAAGCGGAACACAACGAGGCGAGGUUGGAUUCAAGAGUGUGCAAUUCGUUGAAAUAUUACUCGGCGCUGUUUGAUUCGAUUGAUCACAGUGGCCUUCCACUGGAAAGUCCAAUGAGGAUCAAGAUAGAGGAGAUGUUUGCUAGGGAGAUAAGGAACAUAAUUGCUUGUGAAGGAAGGGACAGGUUGGAGAGGCACCGAAGUUUCGGGAAUUGGAGGAAGAUGAUGGUGGAGCACGGAGGGUUUCGAUGCAUGGGAGUCACAGACAGGGAAAUGAUUCAAAGCCAGUUUCUGUUAAGAAUGUAUUCUUGUGAUAAUUACAGUGUUCAGAAGCAGGAGCAGGAAGGAGCUACGGCACUUACUUUGGGUUGGCUCGAUCAACCUCUCUACACAGUAUCGUCUUGGGCACCGGUUGACGCGGCUGGAAGCUCAUCCUCUUUUUCUCAGGCAGCUUGAAUCCAUUCAUCGCCUCGGAUUUUCGUUACUUCAUUCAUACAUUGUUACAAAGUCAGAUAGAUACAGAAACAACAAAAGGGUAGGAGUCAGCAAGAGUAUUCUUUGUUGGUAGGAAAAUUGUCAUUAUCAUUAUUCUUUCAUUCUUUAUUUGCAGAUAACAUUUAUUACUAGUUCAAAGAGUAGUUAGUGCAAUUUAUUUGUAUUAAUACAGCAAUAUUACUUUCUGUUCUUAAUUUUAUAGUCAAGAUUUCUAGAUAUACAUUUGAAGUCAAUUUCUUCUCAUUAUUUCAUUCUUUUAUGUAUUCAUUCUCAAGGUCCUUGUACUAUUUGUAUUUGAAGGAGAAAUGAAAUUCAUUACAAUUCAUUAUUCAUCUAUUCAUUUUCAAGUCCUUUGAUGUU